UGUCCUUCUCGCCUCGCGCUCUUUCAGUCUCUUUCGCUCUGCGAGCUGCGCCUUUACGCACCACUCCAGCGGAGCGAUGACGUUGCCACGGAGGAGGCGUAGCCAAACCCGCCCCUGCUUUUCGGCGCUAGGGAGUCUGAGUCUAGGGCUGGAGAGAUCGCCGGGGAGCAUCACCACCACUCCUGCACGGAGCCUCGCCUGGCCGAGCACUGCACCGUGCACACGUCGGGAUUGCACAAAAUUCCUCAGAAAUAUACCUGCUAUUUAUGGCAUGUGGCUGAUAACAUUACUCCUGCUGUAUUCUUUUAAAGAAGUGAACAGUGAGGAUGUGGUCUCGACACGGCUGUACUUUGUGAACGCCUCCCUGCAGAGAGUGACCUUCUCUAGCUCAGUGGGGGUGUCCCUGCCCUGCCCAGCAGGUGGCGCCCCCCAUGCAGUCCUCCGCUGGUACCUGGCUACUGGCGACGACAUCUACGACGUGCCCCACAUCCGCCAUGUCCAUGCCAAUGGCACGCUGCAGCUCUACCCCUUCUCUCCAUCUGCCUUCAACAGCUUCAUCCAUGACAAUGACUACUUCUGCACUGCAGAGAAUCAGGCUGGCAAGAUUCGCAGCCCCAGCAUCCGUGUCAAAGCAGUGUUCAGGGAGCCAUACACGGUUCGUGUGGCGGAUCAACGGUCCAUGCGUGGCAACGUGGCUGUCUUCAAGUGCCUCAUCCCUUCAGCUGUGCAGGAGUAUGUCAGUGUGGUCUCCUGGGAAAAGGACACCGUUGCCAUUGUUCCAGGUAACAGGUUCUUCCUGACAUCGUUUGGAGCCCUGUACAUAUCCGACGUGCAGAAGGAGGACGCGCUCUCGACUUACCGCUGCAUUACCAAACACAAAUACAGUGGAGAGACCCGACAGAGCAACGGUGCUCGUCUCUCUGUGUUGGAUCCUACUGAGUCCACACCCUCUGUGAUGGACAGCUUCCAGUCAGGUGAAGUGCAGGUGGGUCGCAGCGUGGAGCUCCCAUGCAUCGCCUCAGGCUUCCCCAACCCCACCAUCCGUUGGCUGAAGGAUGGUAGGCCGCUUCCUGCUGACUCCCGCUGGACCAGGCGUCUCACAGGUCUUACCAUCAGUGACCUACGCAUGGAGGAUUCGGGCAACUACAUCUGUGAGGUCACCAAUAGCUUUGGCUCCAAGGAGGUCACAGGAUACCUCAAUGUGAUAGAGCCACUAAGGGUCACUGUCUCCCCUAAAAACUUAAAGACAGGUAUCAGCAGUACAGUGAUCCUGUCCUGUGCUGUUCAAGGUUCUCCUCAUUUCAGUGUGUCCUGGUUUCGGAACACAGAGCCUGUACAUCCUGACCAACACUUCUCCAUUCAGGGCACCAACAAUGAGACUCUGUUUAUCAGUGCUGCCCAGAAAAGACACUCAGGCGCGUACCAGUGCUUUGCAACUCGCAAGGGUCAAACUGCCCAGGACUUCUCCAUUAUACUGCUGGAAGAUGGUACACCAAGGAUUGUCUCAUCCUUCAGUGAACGUGUGGUGGCACCAGGUGAACCCUUCUCCCUAAUGUGUGCAGCCAAAGGUGCCCCUCCACCCACCAUCACCUGGACCCUGGAUGAUGAGCCAAUCGCUCGGGACUCGGCGCACCGGGCCAGUCAGUACACGCUCUCGGACGGCUCGACUGUAUCGCAUGUUAACGUCAGCAACCCACAGAUCCGCGAUGGGGGCGUGUACCGCUGCGCUGCACGCAACUCGGCCGGUAGCGCCGAGUACCAAGCGCGCAUAAACGUAAGAGGCCCCCCAAGUAUCAGGGCCAUGCGCAACAUUACAGCCGUGGCUGGGCGCAACACCUUCAUCAAUUGCCGUGUGAUCGGCUACCCGUACUACUCCAUCAAGUGGUACAAAGAUGGCAUGCUGUUGCCAGACAACCACCGGCAGGUGGUAUAUGAGAAUGGUACACUCAAGCUCAGUGAUGUGCAGAAAGGAAUGGAUGAGGGAGCGUACCUGUGCAGUGUGCUCAUCCAACCCCAGCUCUCUAUCAGCCAGACUGUCUAUGUCACUGUCAAAGUCCCCCCUCUCAUUCAGCCUUUUGACUUCCCCCCUACUUCAAUUGGUAAACUGAUGUACAUAGCAUGUGUAGUUUCAUCUGGGGACAUGCCCAUCCGGAUUACAUGGCGCAAAGAUGGGCAGGAGAUUGUGUCUGGCACCUCUGGUGUCACCAUUGAGACCAAGGAGUUCAUGAGCUCACUGCAGAUCUCCAAAGUUUCCCUUAAGCACAACGGCAACUACACUUGCAUCGCCAGCAAUGAUGCAGCCACCGUCAGCUCUGAAAGGCAGCUAAUAGUCACUGUCCCUCCUCGUUUUCGAGUUCAGCCUAACAACCAGGAUGGGAUCUAUGGCAAGUCCGGCGUUCUGAAUUGCUCUGUGGAUGGUUAUCCCCCUCCCAAGGUCAUGUGGAAACAUGCUAAAGGUAUUGGAAACCCACAGCAGUACCAUCCAGUACCUCUGACUGGCCGCAUCCAGAUCAUGCCAAAUGGUUCUCUUCUGAUCCGCCAUGUUUUGGAGGAGGAUCGUGGCUACUAUUUAUGCCAGGCCAGCAAUGGUGUGGGCUCAGACAUCAGCAAGAGUAUGUUACUGACAGUCAAAAUUCCAGCUAUGAUCACCUCCCAUCCUAACACAACUAUGGCUAUAAAAGGACAGAAUAAAGAACUAAACUGCACCGCCAGGGGUGAAUACCCGAUUAUCAUUCGCUGGGAACGUGGGGACACUGUCAUCGACCCCGACCGUAACCCUCGCUACUCAAUCACCACUAGCCCCAAUGAGAAGAGUGAUGAGGUGAUUUCCACACUGAAGUUAAAGCCAGCUGAGCGUGGGGACUCUGUGUUCUUCUCAUGUCAUGCCAUCAACUCCUAUGGCGAAGGCCGUGGCCUCAUUCAGUUGACUGUACAAGAGCCUCCGGAUCCUCCGGAGUUAGAAGUACGUGAGGUAAAAGAUCGCAGUAUGAACUUAAGAUGGACCCAGAGGUUUGAUGGCAACAGCCUCAUUACCAGUUAUGAUAUCGAAUACAAAAACAAAUCUGAUCCGUGGGAACUGAAGCAUGCUACACGCAAAAUUUCCCCAACUAAUAACCAGGCAAACAUAGUGGAGCUGCAUCCUGCUUCUGUCUACAGCAUCCGUAUGUACUCAUACAACAAAAUUGGCCGUAGUCAAGCCAGCAAAGAGCUGACGAUCAGCACAGAGGAAGCCUCUCCCGAUGGACCACCCAUGGAUGUCAUUCUGCAGCCUAUGACAUCACAAAGCAUCCGUGUUACAUGGAAGGCUCCCAAGAAGGAGCUCCAGAACGGCGUUAUCCGUGGUUAUCAGAUUGGCUACAGAGAAAACGGGCCUGGCAGUAAUGGCCAGUACAGCAUAGUGGAGAUGAAGGCAACUGGUGACAGUGAGGUGUAUACGCUGGAUAACCUGAAGAAAUUUGCCCAAUAUGGAGUGGUUGUUCAGGCCUUUAAUCGAGCUGGAACAGGUCCAUCCAGUUCUGAGAUCAAUGCGACCACACUAGAAGACGUGCCCAGCCAGCCUCCUCAGAAUGUGCGGGCCAUCACAGUGACAUCAGAUGAGGCAGUGAUUACAUGGUCCGAGCCCCCGCGGAUGACCCUAAACGGGGUCCUAAAAGGAUAUCGUGUGGUGUUCUGGUCCCUUUUCCCUGAUGGAGAAUGGGGUGAAAUGCAGAACAUCACUACAGUACGUGAGCAAGUGGAGUUAAAAGGCUUAGAAAAGUUCACAAACUACAGUGUCCAAGUGUUGGCCUACACACAGGCAGGGGACGGUGUCCGCAGCAAUGUACUCUAUAUACAGACACGAGAGGACUACCCUGGCCCUCCAGCAGGCAUCAAAGCUGUGCCCUCCUCUGCCAGCAGUGUCGUGGUAUCCUGGCUCCCUCCGAACAAGCCAAAUGGCAUCAUCAGGAAAUACACCAUUUACUGCUCUAGCCCUGGAUCAGCCCAACCAGCUCCCAGUGAAUAUGAGGCAAACCCAGAAGUGCUAUUUUACCGCAUCACCCACCUGAAUCAAGGACAGCAGUACCUGAUCUGGGCAGCAGCUGUUACCACUGCUGGUCGGGGGAACAUCAGCGAGAAGGUCACUGUGGAGCCUGCGUUAAAGGCUCCUGCUAAGAUUCUGUCUUUUGGAGGUACAGUCACCACUCCCUGGAUGAAGGAGGUGCGGCUGCCAUGUAGUUCAGUUGGAGAACCAGCUCCCACUAUUAAAUGGACCAAAGACAGCGAGAACACUGCUAUUCCCGUCUCUCAGGAUGGCCAGCGGAACAUUCUGGGAAACGGAACUCUGUUGUUGCGCUCUGUAAAAGCAGAGGAUUCCGGAUACUACACCUGCACCGCCACAAAUACUCUGGGGUUUGAUACCAUAAUUGUGAACCUUUUAGUGCAAGUCCCUCCAGAUCAGCCACGUUUAACAGUCUCCACCACCUCAACCUCCUCUAUUACUCUGGCUUGGAUCCCUGGAGACAAUGGAGGAAGCUCCAUCAGAGGCUUUGUGCUGCAGUACUCUGUGGAUAAUACAGAAGAGUGGAGAGAUGUGUUUAUUAGCUCCACUGAGCGCUCUUUCAAGCUGGAUAACCUCCGCUGUGGCACUUGGUAUAAGGUCAAGCUAGCUGCUAAGAACAGUGUGGGAGCUGGUAGGAUAAGUGAAAUCAUUGAGGCAAAGACUCAUGGCAGAGAGCCACAGUUCAACAAGGACCAGCCCCUGUUCACUCACAUCAACUCAAGCCAUGCUCGGCUCAAUCUCCAGGGCUGGAGCAGUGGCGGCUGCCCCAUUAAUGCUGUGCUGCUUGACUUCCGGCCCAAAGGCACCUAUGCCUGGCAAAGCGUUCGCACCAACAGCACAACCGAUGUCUUCCUGGCUGAGUUGCGUGAAGCCACCUGGUACGAGCUGAAGAUGAAGGCUUGCAACAGUGCUGGCUGUGGAAACCAGACCUCCCAGUUUGCCACACUAGACUAUGAUGGCAGUACCAUUCCUCCAAUCAAGUCUGCACGUGGGGAAGGUGAUGAUGUAAAGAAGCUGUUCUCCAUCGGCUGUCCUGUCAUCCUAGUCACACUGGGCAUGGCCCUCCUCUUCAUCAUUCGAAAGAAACGCAAGGAGAAAAGACUAAAGAGACUUCGAGAUGCUAAGAGUUUGGCUGAAAUGUUGAUCAGCAGUAAGAACAACCGCAGUUUUGACACCCCAGUGAAGGGCCCACCCCAGGGGCCACGGCUGCACAUAGAUAUACCCCGUGUGCAACUGCUUAUUGAAGAUAAGGAGGGCAUCAAGCAGAUUGGUGAAGACAAAGCCACCAUACCAGUGACAGAUACGGAGUUCAGUCAAUCAGUAAACCCCCAGAGCUUCUGCACAGGCGUGUCUGUACACCAUCCUGCCCUCAUUCAAAACACUGGCCCCUUAAUUGACAUGUCUGAUAUUAGACCAGGAACCAAUCCAGUGUCGAGGAAGAGUGUUAAGUCAGCUCAUAGUACAAGGAACCGUUACUCAAGCCAGUGGACCCUGACAAAGUGCCAGGCAUCCACGCCUGCCCGCACCCUGACCUCCGACUGGCGUACCGUCGGCUCCCAGCAUGGUAUCACUGUAACAGAGAGUGACAGUUACAGUGCCAGUCUGUCGCAGGACACAGACAAGGGCCGUAACAGCAUGGUUUCAACAGAGAGUGCUUCCUCUACAUAUGAGGAACUGGCUCGUGCUUACGAGCACGCCAAGCUGGAAGAGCACCUGCAGCAUGCAAAGUUUGAGAUCACGGAGUGCUUCAUUUCGGACAGUUCUUCGGACCAGAUGACCACAGGUACUAAUGAAAAUGCUGACAGCAUGACAUCAAUGAGCACGCCCUCCGAGCCAGGCAUCUGCCGCUUCACAGCAUCUCCACCAAAACCACAGGACUAUGAUCGUGGCAAGAAUGUAGCGGUGCCAAUUCCACACCGUGCCAACAAGAGUGAGUACUGUAAUCUCCCCCUGUAUAUGAAGACAGAGCCAUUCUUCCGCAAACAAGCUGAGAUGCAUGACCCAUGUCCAGUGGUGCCACCACGUGAAGCUUCUAUUCGAAGUUUGGCAGCUCGUGCCUACCACACACAGGGCCGCCACAUGACAUUAGACCCAUCCAAACAGGCCCUGACACUCAGCCAUGGUGGCUUAAGCAGCCUAACCAGCUCAGGAGCAUCAGGGCCAGCCUCCAGCACCACCACUGGUGGCUCCAGCAUCAGCUCGGGCACAUCCACACUGCCCCAGAGGACUCUUACCAUGCCCAGCUCCUCCUCCACCUCCUCAGCUGGCCAAAGCACUGGAGCUGCUGGGGCUGCAGCUGGAGCUGUAGCGACUUCUGGCUCCACAGGAGGAGGUGGCAUGAGCAGCAGCUCCAAGGUUGGUGGUUCAAGAGACUCUCUGCUGGAGAGCAGCUCAUCUGGAUUGGGCAGACUGCAGAAGCAGAGUGCUGGGGCAUAUUCAAAGUCCUACACACUGGUGUAGGUGCUGUUCUCCCUCCUCCUCACACAUAAAAACAUAUAUAAUUGUAUACAUCAAGAUACAUUUAACUUCUGCCUGGCACAAGGUGGUGAACAAACUGUGCACUGACUGGACUUAUCAUUCACAGGGGUCUCUUUCGCACUGUCCCUCUUGUUCUUUCUUUGUCUCCCUUGCUCUUAUUUCCACCCUAAUCCAUUUUUCUGUUUGUCCAACCACCUCAAACCCCCCAACCCCCCACCCCCACCCCACCACACCCCGUUUCACAAACUAUAUUCCUCCUUUGGCCAUCUGUCUUCAAUUAUACUAUGCCAAGCUUUUUUUUUCCACUUUUUUUUGUUCAUUUUGAUUUUUCCACUGAAGACACCUUGGACCUUAUGCACAAAUUACAUUUGAUGUGCACUUGUUAAUUUGACUACCUGAGAGUAGGAAAAUUCAACAGUUUUAAAAUAUAUAUUGUUUCACUCUAAUAUGUCUAGAUGUUUUUAAGGAGAUAAAUAUGUUCCUUUUUUAUGUCUCUUGCAAAAGAAUAAGCAUUGCCUUGGAAAGUGCUUAUGCGUAAAGAAAAGCAGGCUUGGUGUCUUUUUUCCCUUCCUAGUCAGGCUGGUUUGGACAAGUCCGUGAUUGUGGCGUAUGCUGAUAAAGUUAAGUAUUUCGAUAGUUUUUAUUUAUACAGCUGAUAAACACACUGCAAAGUGUUAAUGACUAUUUUAAAAACAAAACUGAAAAAGAAAAACUGGAGCCAUUUUUUGGUGGAUGGAUUGUUUUUCCCCUAUUAUUUAUUUAUUUAUUUAUUUAUUUAUUUUACAUUUCUAGACUUUUCUCAGACCUUCGCAUGUGGGUCUGUCUGAGUGUGCAUGUGUGUUUAUAUAUGUAAGUAUAUAUGUACACAUGUUAUAGGCACACAUCAUCACAAGGCCCAAACAUUUGGGUUGAAUUCUUGGGGACAGAAAAAACAAACAGGUGUAAAGCUCUUCCCUGUAUUCUGCUAUGCUUCAACAUUGAGAUAUAGUGCUCACUGUCACGCCAUACAGAAAAUGGAAAACUAAUAAGGUGACAGAUCUACCAUACGGCAAAAUUAAUUAACACUUGCAGUGCUCAUUUGUGUCCAGAGUUAAUACUAUAGGUGUUUUUAUUUUUUCUGUCACCUGCCCCAAUGCUCUAUAUCCCUUAACUAUAACUGCGUAAGGAUGGCUUCUGUUCUGAUGUCUGUUUUCUGUACUUGAUUCAUCCUCCCCUUUCUCAUGUAAACAUCUCACAGAUUUUUAUGGAUGGACAGACCAAAGGUGUGUCAGGAAUUGAAGAAUGAUGGAUCAGAAAUAGAAAGAAUCGAAAGUGUGUGUAAUGGCAAGAUUUCUGCUGAUGUCUAACAAGCUUUUCUUCAUUGCACUUGUUUAUACCUCCACCAGAGGGCUGUAUUGGGCCAUGUCUGCAGUGACAUGGAUACUAGCUUUGUUAGUAGGGGUGAAUGCAGUAAAUGGUGGAGGCAAACUGCAAGAAAAGAAGUGAUGAUGAAUUUAUAAUGCAUCUCUCUCUCUCUCUCUCUCUCUCUCUCUCUCUCUCUCUCUCUCUCUCAC